CGGGGAACCGGGGGAGGGACGGGGGCAAAACUGCCCCCCACCCCCGGCGGCAGCCCCCGCGCCCCAGCGAUGCAGCCCCCGGAGCCGGGUCGGGCCGGCGGAGGCCCUUCCAGUGGCACCUGGUGGCCAAACGGCACCACAAGCUACAGUCACCUCCUGAGGGAGAACUACACCUUCCUGGCCUACUACCAGCAUUCCUCCCCUGUGGCCCUCAUGUUCAUCCUGGCCUACACCUUCAUCUUCCUCAUGUGCAUGGUCGGCAACAUCCUGGUGUGCUUCGUCGUGGUGAAGAACCGCCAGAUGCGGACGGUCACCAACAUGUUCCUCCUCAACCUGGCCAUCAGCGACCUGCUGGUGGGCAUCUUCUGCAUGCCCACCACCUUGGUGGACAACCUCAUCACAGGUUGGCCCUUUGACAACACCAUGUGCAAAAUGAGUGGCCUGGUGCAGGGCAUGUCCGUCUCCGCCUCCGUUUUCACACUGGUGGCCAUCGCCGUGGAGAGGUUUCGCUGCAUCGUCCACCCGUUCCGGCAGAAGCUGACGCUGAGGAAAGCCCUGCUGACCAUCGCCAUCAUCUGGGUGCUGGCCCUGCUCAUCAUGUGCCCCGCUGCCAUCACCCUGACUGUCACCAGGGAGGAGCACCACUUCAUGGUGGACACCUACAACAACUCCUACCCUCUCUACUCCUGUUGGGAGGCCUGGCCCGAGACGGGGAUGAGGAGGAUCUACACAACCGUCCUCUUCUCCCACAUCUACGUGGCCCCGCUCGCCCUCAUCGUCGUCAUGUACGCCCGCAUCGCCUUCAAGCUCUUCAAGUCGGUGGCGCCUGCCCAUGGCCGGGAGGAGCCGGAGGGAAGGAGGAUCUCCCGCAGGAAGGCCAAGGUCAUCAACAUGCUCAUCAUCGUUGCCCUCUUCUUCACCAUCUCCUGGCUGCCCCUCUGGACGCUGUUGCUGCUGACGGACUACGGGUGGCUGAGCGAGGGCCAGCUCCACCUGGUCAUCGUCUACGUGUACCCCUUCGCCCACUGGCUGGCCUUCUUCAACAGCAGCGCCAACCCCAUCAUCUACGGCUACUUCAACGAGAACUUCCGAAGAGCCUUCCAGGAGGUCUUCAGGAACCCCCUCUGCUUGCUCCGGUGCCGCCACCGCAGGCCCUACACCCCCCGGAGCCACGGCCACGGGACCUUCCUCGGCACCCGCAACCGCGUCUUCACCCAGGCACGGACCAGCGACUCGCCCCCCGUGUCCGAGUCGGGGCCGCUGGCCCUGCGCCGCGCUGGGGCCCCCGCCUGGGACGGCUGAGUGGUCUCUGGACUGAGGGCUUGUGGGGUGGGGAGCGGGGAUUUGGCACCUCAUGGGCCACAGGUCACUGAAAUAAAGGCGCGUCCCACCGAU